CUUGAGUAUAACGUAUUCUCGGAAGGUUGUAUUUUGAUCACAGCGAUGAAGAUACUCGACCCACACCCGCGCGACGGCGUACAUGAAUGGCGCGAGGGCAAACACUUUGUCAAAGAAGGCGACCGGCUUUAUCUCGAGGGUACGGACACCUCGCCGGCAGGCAAGCCCAAGCCCUUGUCUCGCGAUCUUUUCAUCACGGCUACUUACCUGUAUGUGCGCAGUGUUGUAACACUAGACAAAUGUGUACACAACUUUGCCCGUUUCACGGGUUGCUCCCUCGACGAAGCGCUCAAGUGCGCGACGCUGAACCCGGCGCGGUGCCUUGGCAUCGAGAACAAGAAGGGCACGCUCCGCCCCGGGGCGGAUGCAGACCUCGUCGUGCUCGACAGAAUGGGCAAUGUUUGA